GCGUGAUUUGAAUCUCGGUGGGGGUGACCGUACAGCCAGCUCAGACGACAGACCUCAGAAUAGCGAGCAAGAUAGAGAGCAGAGCACAGCGAAUAGCAAGCAGUGGCCACUCAAACCUGUGACUAACGCACACGGUGAUAGAGUAAAGGUAGUAACACAGAACGAAAAUGGUCCAUGCUCCCUGCUAGCCCUCGUUAAUAUCCUCAUAAUGCGGGGCCAGCUCCAGAUUAAACCUCAAACUAGAAGCUCAGUUGAUUAUGAUUACAUCUCAUCGAUUAUCGCAGAAUAUCUCCUCAAUAAGCCUAUUCCAGCAGACACACCGUAUAGUUUGUCUGACGCUUUAUCUGUCUUACCGCACACACGAUAUGGAUUAGAUCUAAACCCGCACUUUCAUUCUCCAUACGCACUCAGUCCCAGUUCAGCUAGACACGCAGGCGCAAUAGCGUUAUUCGCAUUAUGUGAUGUUCCUGUCGUACAUGGAUGGGUUUACGAUCGUCAGUCACUCAACUCUGACGUUAUCCUCCAAGACGGUCAGAACUAUGAUCACUGCACUCAACUCAUAGCAGAGGGAGAUCACCUAGCAAGCGUAUUACCAAACAGCUCUAAUAAUCUCGUCCAAGAAGACGACCUCUCAGCACAACAACAAGAACUCGUUAGAAAGGCUCGUAUUUUAGCUGACUUUAUCGAUAAAUCACGUACUCAGAUGACCCUUACUGGGCUAUUCGCCCUAUCUGAAAGUCUCACAAGUGGUGAAUAUGUCGCUUUGUUUAGAAAUUCCCACUUGUCAGUCUUGUACAAACGUGACACUGGUACUGAGAAUAAAUUAUAUACCCUUGUUACAGAUGGUGCAUUAGCUGAAGAAGCUGACGUUGUCUGGGAGACACUUCAAGAUGUUGACGGAGGAGGAUCAGCAUUCCUUAACGAUAACUUUAAGCCAUCUGGCACGAUUGGAGGUGACUAUGUCGGUGCAAGUACAGUUUAUGCUAAUGAAACAUUAACCGAUGAACAACGUCUCACAUUGCGUGCACAGGAUGAGGGAUGGGAUGACGAAACCCUAGCGUAUGAGAUGUCACGUGUUCAGAAUAAUGCCCGAACUGACGCAGACCUUGCACUAGCAAUGCAAUUACAACAAGAUGAAAAUGCUAGAAGAGAGAGGCAACGUCAAAAUAGAGCCAGUAACAUUGUACCAGCUCAAAGUACGAAUGUUAGACCUCCACAGAAAAACAUCCGAAAAUCCAAGAAAUCAUGUACGAUUAUGUAAAAGAUUUACAAUAACUCUAAUUUCGUUUUACCGAAUGCGGUUCAUUGGUAGGAACGAUCACUCGGAUUUGGAAAGUUGAACGUGAAAAAUUUCUAAGAUUGGAAUGUAAUAAAUUUCCUAAACGAGUUAUUUGAACUAAAUCGCUAUUCAAAUAUUUAAAUCGCUUCUUAUAUCUCUUUCUUUAGCAUCAGUCGUAAAAUGAAGUACAUCGCAGCAACCUCAGCACUCCUCGCUUCCGCAUUGGCAGCAAAGAUCACUUCACCACCACAAAUCACUCAAUGUCGUAACAUUGCUAUCAAGUGGACCGAAGGUGAAGGUGAUAUCUACAUCACUGUCAUUCCAGCUGGUGAAGUUGCAGCUGAACCACUCGAAGCCUUCCCUAAGCAAAGUGGCUCAACUGGUACCUACAACUGGAAGGUAAACGUACCAGGUGGUCAAAAGAUUUCAUUGGCCGUCAACGACGAAUCUGGUGAUGUCAACUACAGCUCUGAGCUCACCAUCAGAGACUCAGACGACGAUGACUGUCUCGGUAAGGCCGCAGAAAGUGGACCUGCAAACACCGACGACAAGGACAGCAGCGAUGAUAAGGAUGACAGUGAUGACAAGGAUGACAAGACCUCAUCAUCAUCAUCAUCAUCAUCCUCUACCUCAUCAUCUUCAUCCUCUUCAUCAGCUAAGUCAUCACCAACCUCUGGCAGCAACUCUUCAUCAAACAAUGCUGACAGCAGCGCACAAGACGAUGACUCUGGUGCCGUCUCACACGCAGUUGCUGGCUCAAUGGUUGCUGCUGCUUCACUCGUCGGUGCCCUCCUUAUCUAAAGCUAGAUAAUAGUACCUUCUUAAUAUUUUUUGUAAUUUGUGAUUCCUAUCUUUGAAAUCUCUUUUAAUUAAUAUGUAUCUAAGAAUCUAACUAUGGACAUUCAUUUCUAUGUACUGCUCUCGUUAUUGCCAACGUAUGCGAUCUUCUUUGCCAAUCCAGUAUUUUUGAAGGGCUUUUGGUAACGCCAAGCGUAUGUUAGCAUCCUCGUCGCUCUCCGCGCCAUUCUCUAUUAAUGCUAAUAUCAAACGAGGUAUGGCAGCAGCAGUACCAUUCAGUGUAUGUGCGAAGAUAUUUCCACCACUUUGUGUGUCUUUAUAUCUGAUAAGUAGUCUUCUUGAUUGAUAGUCAAUGCAAUUUGAUGCAGAGGAUAUUUCACCCCACUCGCCUCUGCCAGGCAUCCACGCUUCUAUGUCGUAUUUCCGAUAAGCACUCGCUCCUAAUUCCUGGGUAGGCAUAUCAAGAAUUCUGUAGGGUAAGUUUAAAGCUUCAACGACUUGCUUUUGUACAUUUAUUAUCUCCUCGAGCAUGCUAUCACUUGAUUUCUCAUCUGUAAGUGAGAAUAAUUCCACUUUCGUGAAUUGGUGUAAUCUAUAAAGACCUCUUGUGUCUCUACCGCGUGCACCUGCCUCCGCUCUAAAGGCAUGACCACAAGCAACGUAUUUGAGAGGUAAAGAACUCUGAUUGAGUAGUUGGUUGUAAUGCAAACCAGCUAACGGAAUCUCAGCAGUACCAGCUAGGCAUAGAGGGUUAUCUGAGCUAUUAGUUAUUGAAUAUGUCUGAUUAGAUGAAUUAUCUCUUGGUAAAAAGCCACAUCUGUUUGCUAUAUCAAGCUUGACAAUAUCUGGAAUAGUGAUAAGUUUAUAGCCAUUCUCCACCGCGAUGUUCAAACUGAAUUGAAUUAAGGCAUGCUCUAGAACUGCCAGCUCGUCUUUCAGUAUCGUAAAACCAUUUCCAGAAAUGUCUGAAGCGUUCUCGAUAGCAUUUAAUCUGUUAGCGAUAUUCAAAUGAUCCCUUAGUGGUGUUGACGGUGUAGCUGUUGGACCUCCACUAAGAAUCUCGUUUGGUUCAUUAUUUAUUGGUGACUUCGGAUGUGACUUGUUUGGUAUCUGAGAUGUCAAAUCGAAUAACUCAUCUUUCGCGAACUUAAGAUUCUUUUCUAAUUCUUUUAUUACAAGUUUUAACUCUUUCGUUUGUUGUUUAGUUUGCUCGUUUUUGGUUUUAUUCAAUUCAUUCUCUAAUGUUGUUGAUUUAUUAUAGAUACUUAAAAAGCUAUUUAGAUCUAACUUAAUAUUCC